AUGGUGGCGGUUGAUACACAACAGUGGGCGAAACCAGUGGUAGGAGAGUGGGCAGUGAUGAAGAUUGCUUUGGAGAAGUUGAGGCAGGGGGUCCUUGAAGACAAGGUGAUGCCCGGGAAAGAAUACAUCGAGAAGAAACUGGCAGAGAUUGAGGGUGGUCAGCACAAGCGAGCCCUGGAGGAUGCGCCCAAGAAGGGAAGGAUGGAUGUCACCACAGGAGUGGCUCUGACCUUUGACAAGGCGCCGUUGCACUAUGCCGCCUGGCAGGGCCAGGUGGAGGUCGCCAAGGUGCUGGUGGAUGGUCAGGCGAACCUGGAGCAACGCAUGCUGGGUGGUGACACCCCCUUGCAUCAGGCCGCCUGGCACGGGCACUUGCCAAUGCUCAAUUUCUUGUUGAGCCGAGGUGCCUCAGUUUUCGCGCUCAAGGAUGAUGGGGACACGGCCUUGGCCUUGUCCACCUUCCGGGGACAUCUGGACGCGUCACGGGAGUUGUUGCGCCGCAUGACCUCCGAGGAGUGCCAGGACUCUGCAAGCAGCUCCGACCCCACCUUUUGCCCGGAACCUUGGAGGGUGGCCUACGCAGUGAGUGUUGAGGGUUCCAAGUGA